AUGCCUCCCCCACCCAAGCGCAAGUGGCCAAACCGUCCACGAGGCGGCGGCGGCGCAAAUGGCUCAGCGUCUGGUACGCCCACAACACCUCGCAGCACUGUUGCCCAGCAGCCUAAGAGGCCCAAGGUCGAAGAUGCGGCGCCAGCGGCAGAGGGCGUAGACGUGAAGCAGAUGUACAGCACUUCUGCUGGUAACGCGUCUGCAAAGCCUUUCUCCGAGUUGAGCAGCGUACUGGACAAGUCGCUGCUCGACGGCCUGGACAAGAUGGGAUUUGAAUUCAUGUCACCUGUACAACAAAAAGUGCUUACUGAACUUCCCUCCCUCUCGUCCGACUGCGUUGUGCAGGCCAAGACCGGCACCGGCAAGACGGUCGCCUUCUUGCUCCCCGCCAUACAAAACCUCCUGGCUGGUAACAUGCCCCCCAGGGGCAAGGUCGCGAUUCUCGUCGUCUGCCCCACGCGAGAGUUGGCCCUACAGAUUGCAAAGGAGUGCAACGGCGUCACCGCAUGCCUGCCACGCAAGAUGGAGUGCCACACUGCUUUUGGCGGUACGUCCCGUGCCUCCAACCUGAAGGCCUUCCUCAACGGUAACCCUACUAUUCUCGUAGCCACGCCAGGUCGUCUCGACGAUAUUCUGGGCGAGGAGCACGUCCGUGAGCGCUUUACCCACCUGAAGACUGUGGUCCUUGACGAGGCCGACCAGAUGCUUGACGCUGGUUUCGCGCCUGCCGUCAAGAAGAUCCUAAGGCGGAUCCCACCUAAGAGCGACGGCUGGCAGGGCAUGUGCUUCUCCGCUACGUUGCCCAAGGAGGUGCUCGAUAUCGCGAAGAUUGUGCUAUUCCCAGGAUUUACUCAUCUCACGACAGUUGAUCCGAACGAGGUACCCACCCACGAGCGCGUACCACAGUACUUCCUCUCGGUUCCCAAUGUUGGACAGACCUUUGCCGCACUUUCCGCUCUGAUCCAGGAGGAGCACAAGCAAGACCCGACUGACUUCAAAGCCAUCGUUUUUGGGACAACAGCCAAUGGAGUUGGCCUGCUAUACGACCUGUACAAGCAUGCCUUGCCUCAAUUCCGAGUGUUUGAGCUGCACAGCCGCAUGUCGCAGCCCAUGCGAACACGAACCACAGCACAGUUCAAGGAGGCGACCAGCGGCAUUCUCUUCGCCUCAGACGUUGUCGGACGUGGCAUGGACUUUCCUAACGUUGGUCUCGUUGUCCAGCUUGGCUUGCCUUCCUCUACUGAGCAGUAUGUGCACCGUGUUGGUCGUACUGCGCGUGCCGGCAAAGAUGGCCGAGCUGUACUCGUGCUGUUCGAAAAGGAAGCAUUCUUCCCCAGGAUCAACAGAACACUGCCUAUUAAGCCCUACCCCGUUGACAUUGCAGCAAAGGUGCCCGAACAGGAGGCGGCCAUUACCAGGGCAUUCGCGAAUGUUGAAGAGGAAGCCAAGGCGAAAGCCUACCAGGCGUUCCUUGGCUACAACAAGACUUUCCUCAAAAAGCUACAGCUCUCGACAACAGAGCUGGUGCGUGUGGCGAACGAGUACUCGAGGGCUAUGGGCUGCCCAGAACCGCCUUUGAUCGAGAAAUCAACUAUUGGAAAGAUGGGAUUGAAGGGCGUACCAGGUCUGAAUAUUGGGUCGCGCAGGCACUAG